GCCAAAUUCGAUUUCAAUUUUUGGGCUUCACUGAUCAGUCUCGUUUCGACUAACUUGUUCAUCGUAAAGCUGCGCGUUUAUCUGAUAGGAAAGCGCGGGCGCGGCAAAUGAACAAAAGCCUUCAUCUCCAUGUAUCCAUCCUUUCGAGAAUCAUCAUCUCUCCGAAAAUCCAUUCAAUUUGGUUGAUCAGUUGACCGACCAAACAUGGACAAACUAAAGCAACAAGUCAUUUCUCGUUUCUUUGCUCCCAAACCAAAAAUCUCAUCCAACCCAACUCCACCGUCAAACCCGUCAUCUUCUUCUCCUCCUCCUCCACCGCCAAUCUCACCCCCUAACGUAAAAACAACGGUCUCUUUUUCACCUUCUAAACGCAAACUUCUCUCCGCCCACCUUGCUUCCUCUGCUAAAAGACCCAAAACCAAGCUUUCCCCUCACACCCAUAACCCUGUUCCUCCUCAGCCUAAUCCUUCCCUCCACCAAAAGUUCCUCCAGAAACUUCUAGAACCCUCUUCACCACCUCUUCUGGAACCUUCCGAAUCCGACCACAAAAAGUACACCCCAUUGGAACAACAAGUAGUGGAUUUAAAAAGCAAAUACCCGGAUGUUCUUCUCAUGGUGGAAGUCGGUUACAGGUUCCGAUUCUUUGGGAAGGAUGCGGAAAUUGCGGCGAAAGUGUUGGGAAUUUACGCCCACAUGGACCGCAACUUCUUAACCGCAAGUGUGCCAACUUUUCGACUGAAUGUCCACGUGAGGAGACUGGUCAGUGCCGGGUACAAGGUUGGGGUGGUGAAACAGACAGAAACGGCAGCGAUUAAGGCUCAUGGUUCAAACCGGGUUGGACCAUUUUGCAGGGGUUUGUCGGCAUUGUACACGAAGGCGACGCUGGAGGCCGCAGAGGAUGUGGGAGGGAAAGAUGAAGGUUGUGGUGCGGAGAGUAAUUACUUGUUUUGUGUUGUGGAGAAAGGUUUGGAAUCUUCAGGGUCGGUUUCAAAUUGUGGUUGUGUUGAUGUGAGGGUUGGGGUUGUUGGAGUGGAGAUUUCAACCGGGGAUGUUUUUUAUGGGGAGUUUGAUGAUGGGGUUAUGAGGAGUGGGCUUGAAGCUGUGGUUUUAAGCUUGGCUCCGGCUGAGUUAUUGCUUGGAGAACCGCUUUCAAAACAAACAGAAAAGUUGCUACUAGCAUAUGCUGGACCUGCUUCAAAUGUUCGACUGGAGCAUGCCUCUCGUGAUUGUUUCAAAGGUGGUGGUGCACUAGGAGAAGUGAUGUCUGUAUACGAGAAGGUGGCUGAAGAUAAUUUUGCAGAUAAUGUGAAUCAGUUAGAGGAGGCAGCAGAACAGGGAAAUUCUCACUGUUCAAUUCAGGGAGUCAUGAACAUGCCAGAUUUGGCGUUACAAGCAUUGGCCUUAACCAUUCGUCAUCUCAGUCAAUUUGGACUGGAAAGAAUUGUGUGCCUGGGAGCUUCAUUUCGUCCCUUAUCAAGCAGCAUGGAGAUGAAUCUUUCAGCAAAUACACUUCAACAAUUAGAGAUUUUGAAGAAUAAUUCAGAUGGGUCUGAAUCUGGCUCAUUACUGAAAAUCAUGAAUCAUUGUCUUACUAUUUAUGGAUCAAGGCUUCUCAGACACUGGGUGACUCACCCAUUGUGUGAUAGAAACAUGAUAUCUGCUCGACUUGAUGCUGUUUCUGAAAUUUCUUUGUCAAUGGGGUCUUAUAAAGGCUCCCAGAGAAUUGUUGAGAUUGAUGCUGAAGAUUCUGAUGUAACCAUUGUGCAGCCAGAAUUAUCCUGUGUGCUUUCCUCGGUUUUAACUUAUUUAGGAAGAUCACCUGAUAUUCAACGCGGAAUAACAAGAAUCUUCCAUCGAACUGCUACUCCAGCAGAGUUCAUUGCAGUUAUUCAAACUAUUUUAUCUGCUGGAAAGCAACUUCAGCGGCUUUGUAUUGAUGAAGAAUAUGAAGACUAUGGCGGCAGGAAAGUGUGUAUUGUGACUGUGCAGUCUGCUCUGUUGAAAAGGUUGAUUUUGACUGCUUCAUCUUCCAAUGUACUUGGCAAAGCUGCAAAACUAUUAUCUACCCUAAACAAAGAAGCAGCUGAUAAAGGGGAUUUAACAGACUUAAUCAUCAUCUCUAAAGAUCAGUUUCCAGAGGUUGCUAGAGCUCGGAAAGCAGUUCAAUUGGCAAAGGAGAAACUGGAUAAUUUGAUUGCCUUGUAUAGAAGGCAACUUGGGAAACACAAUUUGGAAUUUAUAUGUGUGUCAGGAACUACACAUUUGAUAGAGUUGCCUAUAGAUGCCAAUGUACCUUCAAACUGGGUUAAGGUAAACAGUACCAAAAAAACAGUAAGGUAUCAUCCACCUGAAGUAUUGACUGCUCUAGACCAGUUAAGACUGGCAAAUGAAGAGCUUAUCAUUAUCUGUAGAGCUGCAUGGGGCACCUUUCUUAGGGAAUUUGAAGAAUAUUAUGUGGAGUUCCAAGCUGCUGUUCAAGCACUUGCCGCUUUGGACUGUUUGCACUCUCUUGCCACUCUUUCAAGAAAUAAGAAUUAUGUUCGUCCUAACUUUGUGGAUGACAAUGAACCUGUUCAGAUAAAAAUCCACUCUGGUCGUCACCCUGUGCUGGAGACUAUCUUACAAGAUGGUUUUGUUCCGAAUGACACAACGUUGCAUGCAAAUAGGGAGUAUUGUCAGAUUGUCACUGGUCCUAAUAUGGGUGGGAAAAGUUGCUACAUUCGUCAGGUUGCUUUAAUUGCUAUGAUGGCUCAGGUUGGUUCCUUUGUACCAGCAGCAUCAGCUACUCUGCCUGUAUUAGAUGCUAUCUACACACGCAUGGGUGCUUCCGACAGUAUCCAACAAGGGAGAAGUACCUUUCUAGAAGAACUAAGUGAGGCCUCCCAAAUACUCCACAAUUGCACUGCACGCUCACUGGUUAUCAUUGAUGAGCUUGGAAGAGGAACUAGUACACAUGAUGGUGUAGCUAUUGCUUAUGCUACAUUGCAGCAUUUGCUCGAGCAGAAAAAAUGCAUGGUUCUUUUUGUUACCCAUUACCCUAAAAUUGCUGACAUUAAAGUUGAAUUUCCUGGGUCUGUGGAGGCAUAUCAUGUUUCAUAUCUGACUUCGCAUAAUGAUGAUGGUACCAUGGAUGCAAAAUCAGAUCAUGAAGUCACCUACCUAUAUAAGCUUGUCCCUGGUGUUUGUGAAAGGAGUUUUGGUUUCAGAGUUGCACAACUUGCACAGUUGCCUUCAUCAUGCAUCGAUCAAGCAAUUAUUAUGGCUACAAGGUUGGAAGCAAUUGAAGGCAGCAGAGUGAGAAAAAAAUCAGAAGAAAGGCAGUGCUUAGAAACAGCAACAAGUGAUCAAGAACUAGAAACAGAAGAGAAUGUUUUGAAUUCUACAGGUAGCUUCUGCAGUGAAAGGAUAGUAGAUUCGGAAGAAUUUGCUAAUGCUUUCAGGGACUUGCUUUUGAACUUGACCUCUGCAAUAACGAAUGAUGAUCUUGCAAAAAGCUUUCAGUUAUUGGAAGAGGCUAGAAGCAUUGCAAAGGAAUUAAUAGAAGGGUAAAUGUUUAGGUAAUCUAUAUUUAAGCUUUCACUCUGUCAAUUUCUUUCUUUCUUUUUGAAAGAAUUUAAUGGUGAAAGCAUAUUCAUACAGAUCUCUGCUAUUUGCUAGAUCUUGAUUAAGUUGCAUUGCUUCGAUGGUAGUAGUUUCAAUCUCAUUUUUGACACAUUUAAUAAUUCGCUGCACCAGAUCAGAGGCAGUUCUACAAGGUGAGACAGUGUAUAUAGUAUACGGAAAGAACAGCCACAUGAGAUUGAUGGAGGCACAAAUGAGAUGAUGGAUUGCUGGAAUUUUGUGUAUAGUAUUGUAUACGAGGAAAAUUUUUAACUUCUAUAAUGAAUCUGAGUUUCAUGUUGACGCUUCCCGAUGUUUUGUUGUGAAAAUGAGAUUGUCAAGUGUGAAUGAUUUUUAAAUUAUAG